AUGUCAAACAUCGCAUUCAAGAUCCGCCAAGCAGCUCCAGGAGUUGACCAAGUCGUCGCCGACUACGCCAGUGGUUACUACAAUCACUUACUCAAUGCUACUUUUGAUGCUGUUCAGAGUAAGCAGUUGGCAUUGCCACAAGAAAUCUCGUUUGUUCAGGACUUGCUUAUCAAUGCAGGUGGAAGCAAAGAAAAGGUGGAGGACAUUUGCAGAGAGAUGCUCGAAAGACUCUCGCUACAGUUUCAAGAAAAUCAAUCCAAAUUAGAAGUUACUGGCGAUACAAGCAAGAGACUAUUGGAUGUAAACAUUCUUCAGCAUCACAACAGCAAAGCCAACAUCAAUACUUCACUUGCUAUGCUUGGUGUAACUGGUGACAUCGAACAUACAGGCCGUAAUAUGGACACGAGAGUGGACUUGAGGAAACUAGAAAAGGCGGAAAAGAAGAUCGCCAAAAAGGUUGCGAAGCGAAACAACAAGUUCGUCCAGUACGAGGCUUCUCGUCUCAUCAAUCAGUCCAAAGAAGACGAUUACGACUCGUUCUUUUUAACAAUCAACCCGUUGGAGUUUGGAUCGGCUGCUGGUAAGUCUAAAGACAUUAAAAUCGAUACUUUUGAUUUAUACGUUGGUGAUGGGCAGAGAAUUCUAUCUGAUGCUCAAUUGACCCUAAGUUUCGGCCACAGAUACGGUUUGGUAGGCCAGAAUGGUAUCGGUAAAUCUACGCUUUUGAAAGCCCUUUCACACAGAGAAUUAAAUGUCCCUAAACACAUUUCUAUUCUGCAUGUUGAACAAGAGCUCAGGGGUGAUGAAACCCUAGCUUUACAAAGUGUCUUAGAUGCCGAUGUUUGGAGAAAGCAACUUUUGACAGAAGAAAGUAAAAUAAACGAAAGACUACAAGAAAUCGAAAAAUUACGCACUGAGUUCGAGGAAGAGAGUCUAGAAGUUAGAAAGCUCGACAAUGAACGGGAAGACCUGGACAGUCAUCUAGAACAGAUUUCAGAGAAGCUAGUCGAUAUGGAAUCGGACAAAGCGGAAGCCAGAGCUGCAUCAAUCCUGUAUGGUUUGGGAUUUAGCACGGAAGCUCAACAGCAGCCCACGAAUUCGUUUUCUGGUGGUUGGAGAAUGAGACUGUCGUUGGCAAGAGCUUUAUUCUGUCAGCCUGACUUGCUGUUAUUGGAUGAACCUUCUAAUAUGUUGGAUGUUCCCUCGAUUGCAUAUUUAUCGGAGUAUCUGAAAUCAUACCCAUCCACACUUCUAGUGGUCUCGCACGACCGUGCCUUUUUGAAUGAAGUGGCAACUGACAUCAUUUACCAGCACAACGAAAGACUUGACUAUUACAGGGGCCAAGAUUUUGAUACGUUUUAUGCUACGAAAGAGGAGCGUCGUAAGAAUGCUCAAAGAGAGUACGAGAACCAGCUUGCUUACAGAAAGCACUUGCAAGAGUUCAUCGACAAGUACAGAUACAACGCUGCCAAGUCACAGGAAGCUCAGUCAAGAAUAAAGAAGCUUGAAAAGCUGCCUGUCUUAGAACCUCCUGAGGAAGAAAAAAGCAUCAACUUUCAUUUCCCAGAGUGUGAAAAGCUUUCCCCACCAAUUAUUCAACUCCAAGAUGUUUCAUUCGGAUUCAAACCAGAUAACCUAUUGCUUAAGGACGUUAAUCUGGAUGUUCAAAUGGAUUCACGAGUUGCUUUAGUAGGUGCUAAUGGUUGUGGUAAGACCACUUUACUAAAGAUUCUCAUGGAGCAAUUGAGUCCGUUGUCUGGUUACGUCUCCAGAAAUCCCCGACUACGUGUUGCUUAUUUCACUCAACACCACGUCGACUCCAUGGAUCUGAACACUUCGGCUGUGGAUUGGAUGUCGGUCACUUUUCCGGGCAAAACGGAUGAAGAAUAUAGACGCCAUCUUGGUGCGUUCGGUAUUACUGGUUCAUUGGGCUUGCAGAAAAUGCAGCUCUUAUCCGGUGGUCAAAAAUCAAGAGUCGCUUUUGCCGCCCUGUGUCUGAACAAUCCUCACAUAUUGGUACUUGACGAACCUUCCAAUCAUUUAGAUACUGCGGGUCUGGAUGCUUUAAUGGAUGCGCUGAAAAAGUUUACUGGAGGUGUUCUCAUGGUUUCUCACGACAUUUCUGUCAUUGAUGGUGUCUGCAAUGAAAUUUGGGUUUCGGAAGAUGGCACUGUGAAACGUUUCGAUGGUACUAUUCAUGAUUAUAAAAAUUACAUUAUUGCUUCCGCUGGAAAAGCAGGAGUGGUGAAAAAGCAAUGA